AUGGCUGACCAAUUCUUGGGCUUCGACCUGAGCACCCAGCAGCUCAAAGGAAUCAUUGUCGGCUCAGAUCUUAAGCUCAUCCACGAGGCAAAGGUCGACUUCGAUGCCGACCUAUCUAAAUACGGCAUUGAGAAAGGUGUCCUUACUAACCCAGAUGAAGGCGAAGUAUUUGCGCCAGUCGCGUUGUGGCUCGAGGCCAUUGAUCUCGUCCUGCAGCGAUUGAAGGAGCAGGGUGCCGAUUUCUCCAAGAUUCAGGGUAUAUCGGGUGCUGGCAUGCAGCAUGGAACUGUUUUCUGGAGCAAGGAUGCUGAGACGCUGCUUGCUAGUCUGGAUGGGGGCAAAACAUUGCUCGAGCAGCUAGAGGGUGGUGCAAAGGGAGAACGGAAAGGCGCAUUCAGCCACCCAUUCAGCCCGAAUUGGCAGGACGCGAGUACGCAGAAGCAGUGUGAGGCUUUUGAUAAGACGCUACAACAACCGAGGAAUCUUGCGCUCGCUACUGGAAGCAGUGCUCACCACAGGUUUAGUGGCCCCCAAAUUCUAAGAUUUCAUGACAAGUACCCUGAAGCCUACAAGGCGACCGCUCGCAUCUCCCUCGUAUCAUCCUUCUUGGCUUCCAUAUUCCUGGGCAAGUUAGCCCCCAUUGAUAUCAGCGAUGUAACUGGCGCGAAUCUGUGGGAUAUCAAGAACGGUCGCUGGCAUGAGGAUCUCCUCGCACUCGCAGCUGGAGGGAGCGAAGGCGUUGAAGACCUCAGAAAGAAGCUCGGCAACGUGCCUGAGGAUGGUGGUUCCAGCUUCGGUACUGUCUCGCCAUACUUCAGCAAGCGCUAUGGCUUCCCUUCGUCAGCCCAGGUCAUCGCGUUUACCGGUGACAAUCCAUCCACCAUCCUCGCACUCCCUCUCCGUGCUUCAGAUGCAAUCGUCUCGCUCGGUACAUCCACUACUUUCCUCAUGUCAACACCAGCGUACAGACCAGACCCCUCGUACCACUUCAUGAACCACCCCACAACAGCCGGUCUCUACAUGUUCAUGCUGUGCUACAAGAACGGUGGUCUCGCUCGAGAACACAUCCGUGAUGCCAUCAACAAAGCAGCUGGCUCAUCAGACAAGUCCUGGGACGAGUUCAACGAAACAGCCCUCACAACACCCGUUCUCGGUCAAGCUCAGCCUUCGGAUCCCAUGCGUCUGGGCCUCUUCUUCCCCCGCCCCGAAAUUGUACCGAACGUCAAAGCAGGAACAUGGCGCUUCCUCGCAAAGGACAACAAUCUAUCUCCCGUAGCACCAGAGGCAGCCCAAGCAAAGACAGAAGACAAAUCGUGGCCCAUCCCCCAAGCCGACGCCCGCGCCAUCCUCGAAUCCCAAUUCCUCUCCCUAAGACUGCGCUCCCAAUCUCUUGUUGAACCACAAGGCUCCCUCCCCGCCCAACCACGUAGAAUCUACAUGGUCGGCGGCGGUGCCGUAAACCCAGCCAUUGCCGAACUUGCCGGCCAAGUCCUCGGCGGCUCCGACGGCGUCUACAAGCUGGAAAUCGGGGGCAACGCGUGUGCCCUUGGUGCAGCAUACAAGGCCGCGUGGGGUGUACAGCGUGCGACGCCGCAAGAAAAGUUUGAAGAUUUCCUUGAGGCGAGGUGGAAUGAAGAGGGUUUUGUUAAGAAGAUAUGUGAGGGCUAUAGAAAGGGUGUUUUUGAGCAGUAUGGUGAGGCGCUCAAGGCGUUUGAUCAAGUGGAGAAGGUUGCGCUCAAGGAGAAGGGUGAGGCGGAGAAGACAGAUGCGGUCAAGGAGGCUAUGGGGUUGCAGGGCUUGGAUGCUGCGAGGUAG